GCGGCAACAUGGCGGAUGUGCUGAGUGUCGGGGUGAACCUGGAGGCCUUCUCCCAGGCCAUCAGUGCCAUCCAGGCGCUGCGCUCCAGCGUGAGCCGGGUGUUCGACUGCCUGAAGGAUGGCAUGCGGAACAAGGAGACGCUGGAGGGCCGGGAGAAGGCCUUCGUCGCGCACUUCCAGGACAACUUGAAUUCGGUCAACCGGGACCUCAAUGAGCUGGAACGUCUGAGCAAUUUGGUAGGCAAGCCAUCUGAGAACCAUCCUCUCCAUAACAGCGGGCUAUUAAGCCUGGAUCCCGUGCAGGACAAAACUCCUCUCUAUAGUCAACUCCUCCAAGCAUAUAAGUGGUCAAACAAGUUGCAGUACCACGCAGGUCUAGCGUCUGGCCUUUUGAAUCAACAGUCAUUGAAGCGUUCCGCUAAUCAGAUGGGAGUAUCUGCCAAACGCAGACCCAAGGCUCAGCCCACGACUCUUGUCUUACCGCCUCAAUAUGUUGAUGACGUGAUCAGCCGCAUUGACAGGAUGUUUCCUGAAAUGUCCAUCCACUUAUCCAGACCCAAUGGAACAUCAGCAAUGCUUCUGGUGACCUUGGGAAAGGUGCUGAAAGUGAUCGUUGUCAUGCGGAGCCUAUUCAUUGAUCGAACAAUAGUAAAGGGGUAUAAUGAAAAUGUCUACACAGAAGACGGCAAACUUGAUAUAUGGUCCAAAUCCAACUAUCAAGUAUUCCAGAAGGUGACAGACCAUGCCACCACUGCCCUGCUCCACUAUCAGCUGCCCCAGAUGCCAGACGUCGUGGUCAGAUCCUUCAUGACCUGGUUAAGAAGUUACAUAAAGCUGUUCCAGGCCCCGUGCCAGCGCUGCGGGAAGUUUCUGCAAGACGGCCUUCCCCCCACGUGGAGGGAUUUCCGAACCCUCGAAGCCUUCCACGACACCUGCCGGCAGUAACCCCACCCAGCCCGAGGCCAGCCUGCAGACCCUCCCCCAGCACCUUCCCAGACAAGCCUGAAGGAAUAUUGAUGGCCCAGACCUGUCUUCGCUGCCCAAAUAUCAGCACAGCCACUCUUUCCCUUUUGCAAAAAAGCAUCAUGUCCUCUGUGGCUGAGGGGACUGAUUAUGCACAUUAGCCAGUGCAUUGAAGGCAAAGAUGACCUUUUUAGAACCUAAUGUAAAGAAGUUUUGCAGCAUGCUCUUCUUCCAUGUGCGCUGGCAGUCCUGCUGAGUUGACCCUCCGGGGUCUGUGUAUGAAGUCACUUCCGUGAGCUGUCACUGGAAUGAGCUCUGUGUUCAGUAGUCACGCAGCUGUUUUUUUGUAACUUAUUUUUUUAAGCAAUAAAUCUUUUGUAUCCAGGACAAA